AUGGAUGGUGAUGUAGAUCUGGAGUCUAUCACUCUUGUGCAGUGUUCAAUUUGUGGCCGUCAUUUUCGAGAAGACAUAAUUAACCGUCAUCAAUCAGUAUGUCUUAAAAGCACUACAAAAAAGAGGAAAGCUUUUGAUAGUGUUAAACAGCGCAUUCAAGCCAUACCAGUUGAAAAUCGUAAACCAGUUGGGGUGACUGAGACAAAGUCAGUAGAAAAUGCAAGAAGACUAGCUCAAGUUGAGGCGCGUAAACAUAACUGGAGACAAAGACAUGAAGAAUUCAUUCAAUCUAUUAGGGCGGCAAAAGAAUAUACGAUUGCAAAGCAAACCGGUAAACCAUUACCCCCACCACCUCCACCAACUAUUGAUCCAAACCUUAUCCAAUCGGCUGAGCGGCAUAUCAUGUUUUGUCGUGAGAAGCAUUCACGUAUUCCAGCUAACAAUCCCACAUCAAACACAACUUCUGGAGUCGGUCGUGGACAUGUCGUUACACGCAUAUCACCUUCAGUCAAAGUUGAUGUCCCCAAGCGAGGUAGUACAAAUCUUUAUGGUGCUUCUGGUUCACGAAAUACUUUUGGGUCAUCUACUUACUCUGAUAAUCAUCAAAGUCUAACCAACACAAACUCAAGUUCAACUCGAACUGUUAGGCGAGGAAUACCACAGAUGGCAAAAUCAGCACAGAAUUCAUCAAAUCCUGGUGUACGAAGUUCUCGUGAACUAGGUAAAAAUAAUGAUGAAAUGAUGAAACCAUCUUACCCAUCGAAAGAAGAGACUACACCCACCCCUAAUCGAGGUGUACCUGUCGGUCAAGCACGUCAAGCGACACGUACAAACAACAAAACUACCACUCAUUUAAGGAACAACAGCUUGAAAGGAGGAGUGAUGAACGAAAAAUCAAGCAAAUUUUGCUUUGAAUGCGGUAGUACUUUCCCAAGUUCCGCAGCAAAAUUUUGUCCUGAAUGUGGUGUUCGUCGAAUGGGAGUCUAG